GUUUCUUCACUGGAUUUGGACAGACUGUUCAGCAUUCACAAUCUACUCAGUUUCCUGUUUAUAAUGGUGGUGUGGUUCAUAAUCCUGAUGACGACGACCAAAUCACAUACGAAAAACCAACUUCAAAUGAACUUAAAAUUUCAUCAAACAAUGGAGCUCUUAAUGUAAGCCUCAGCUCAGAAUAUAAAAUGGUAUCAAGCAUCGAAUCUCAAGAGCUUCUGUGUAUGGCAUCACUUGUAACGAGCGAAGAUAUUCUGGAAGACGCAAAAUCAACCGAUUCACAUGUUGAUAUCGUUCUCGUAUUGGAUGUCAGUGGUUCAAUGACUGGCGAUAAAAUUAAUCUUCUUAAAGAAAGUUUAAGGUUUAUUGUCAGUGUUCUUUCACCAAAAGAUCGGUUGAGUUUGGUCACGUUUAAUACUUCUGCGACACAUAUUACUCCACUAUUAUUAGUGAAUGACGGAAAUAAAGAAAAAUUUAACCAAAAGAUUCAAGCGUUGGUUGCUAGCGGCGGUACCGAUAUUGGAAAUG